AUGAAAUCUCAAAAAGCACUGUCAGCAUCACCAACCACAUCUACAUCGUGCUGCGAGGGAGGAGACGAACCCAAUCAUCACGUGACGAUCAAAGAAUAUGACGAUCAACAACGACAUCAACACACGCAUGAUGACUUGUCAAUCGAUAGUAAUAAUACUACUGUCACUCCUUCACCAACCACGACAGUUCAUCCACAGCAUCAUCAUGAUCAUACACUCCCAUCAUCAAACUCUUCAAAAGUAUCAAAUACAAAGAAGAAGAAGGAAGGAAAAACGAAAGCAACUUCUCCACUGUCAACCACAACUGCUCCGUUGCAUACAACCAUUCAAGAAGACUCUACUCCAUGUAUUGAUAAGGAAUUCUUGAAUCAUGUGCUCAAGAAGCGUAGAAACGACAACUCGUCCUUGUUCUUGGCACUUUCUGUCGUUCCUCAACUCCUUGCGUUGACAUUUAGUACAGAACGAGGAAGCUCUACUUUUUUAAUCAUUUCUAUAUUGGAAUUGGCAUUUCAGGCAUUUCUAGAUUCGCUCAAUAUUUCGACUUUGAAAGGAUUAAUUUAUUCAAACGUUGUACGAGUAGCAUUGAUGGUCGUCACCAUGUUCACAGUGCAGAUUUAUUAUGGCCCACAUUUUCCAUACCAUCUCGUUUCGACGUUCAAGAUUCUUCUCCUUUCGAGACACAUCUUUUUCAGAUUAUCGUUGAUGGCCAUGUGUGGUGGACUUGUUCUCGUGUGUUCAUGUGUUUCAUUAUUCUGUGCUUACUUGCUGGAGAGGAAUGAAAUGACAGAAGCUGAAAGAACCGACUUUUAUUAUCGAAUGUUUGAAGUGUUUGUGCUUCAAUAUGGAGUUCUAGUGGGUGCGUAUAUAUUCUCCAAUGCUCUUAUUUCUUCCAAUCUCGAGUAUACUCGACAGCAAGUCGACGCCACACAAGCACGUGUGAAAAAUAGUGAAAAAACAAAAUUUAUUGCGAAUUUGAGUCAUGAAGCGAGAAAUCCUUUGCAUUGCAUUAUGGGAAGUUUGCAAAUUUUGAAUCAUCAUUUUGAAGGAGAAACAUGUUGUGGCGGAUGUAAACAUUGUUUCGUAAAUCAUAGUGCUAUUGGUGAAAUCAUUGAGGAUAUUAAGGAAAAUGCAAGUUUGCUCCUUCAUAUUCUUUCUUCAUCUCUCCAAAUGAGUUCUCUGGAAAUGGGAAAGAUCCAGCUGAAAAGCGAAGUGUUCAAUUUGAAAUUCUUACAGGACUCUCUCGUUGGUGUGUUUGCCCAGCUGGCUCAUGAGAAGAAUAUUUCACUUCAUUCAUUCUUCAACGUGGCACAAGUUCCUCAAUUUUUCAAAGGUGACUCGGUGCGAUUGAGUCAAGUCAUUAUGAAUAUUAUUUCCAAUGCAGUCAAGUACACCAAACAGGGUUAUGUGAGAGUGAAUUGCAAUUUGGCAACUAUUGAAGACUUGAAAGAUUAUAAUUCCAAGUUGGACAAUCAACUCAAUGUGAAAGAAAUGUUAUCGAACUCGGUAUCCUCACCGUUCACAUUUGUCAAACUGGAAGUCAUCGAUACUGGCUGUGGUAUUGCUCCACAAGAAAUUGACAACUUGUUCCAACCUUAUCGAAUUGUUGAACAGAAAAAUGAUGAAAAUAUUUCUCUCGGGUUUGAACAAUACCUCAAACAAUCAGAAAAUAUGAAAUUGAAUGAUGGAGGAAGUAGUCUCAUCAAUACGAGUAGAAAUGGUCUUGGAUUAAGCAUUACCAAGUUGUUGAUCGACAAGAUGAAUGGUAAAAUACACGUCAAUAGUGUUCUCAAUGAGGGUACUACAGUUACUGUCAUUUUACCAUUACAAAAUACUACCAAUGACAUGUCAGAUGCCAUUUCAGAAAUUCUACAAGGAGAUGACAUCAAAUUUUGUGUCAAGAUCAUUGAUCCUGAUGAAUGCUUUAGAAAUGUAUUGAAAGAUUAUCUUGAAUUAUUUAAGAACCUGGUCACAUUAGAAACUUUUGAAUCUCUUGAAGAAAUGUCUCCAAUAUCCUCAAAUCCAUCUUUAAAAACUAUGAUCUUUUGUACGGAAGAACAUUACAAAGUACUUAAAGAUAUUCCUAACAACUAUGACAACGUAGUCCUUGUGCCGACAACUUUUCGAGGAGCAGAACGAGAAUUUUUCGACAUCAAGUACCUUGCAAAACCAGUUCGAUUCAGUGAAUUGGUUGAAUUUAUGUCCUUUGCGAAUGCUACACCACGAGAUGAAACAGUUCCAGUGAAAGAUCAAUCGACACCUUCUCAUAACCAUGCAGAACCAAAUUCUUGUAAUAACCAUUCAGAAGACUCUUCUCUUGUUGAAACAAAUAAUGCAGCCAUUGAUUUAAGCAAAUUUUCAGUGAUACUAGCGGAUGACAAUGCAGUGAAUCGAAAAGUAUUGGUGAAAAUGUUACAAAUUAUUGGAUUCAAAGAUAUUGACACUUCGAAUGAUGGAAUGGAAUGUUUUGAAAAAUUCAAACAAAAAUCAUAUCAUUUGGUCUUGUUGGAUUGUUUCAUGCCCAUUUUGAGUGGACGAGAAACGUGUGAAAUGAUUCGAAAUUUAGAAAAACAAACUCAUACACGUGUUCCCAUCAUUGCAGUCACUGCCAAUACCUUUGAAAGUGAACAAGUACUCAAAUCGAAUGGUUUCGAUCAUGUCAUUUACAAACCCUUCGAGGUCAAUUAUUUGAAACAAGUGUUUACCAACUUUUUGGAUUACUAUUCACGUCAUCAUUUCCAUCAUCCUUCCAAUAAUAAUCAUUAUCUGUAUGGAAAUGGACAUCCACAACCUCACCAUCAAAACCAUUAA